UGGGAGGGGAAGCAAGGGGAAGGGUCUGCUGUCUGAUCCUUUGUCAUGGGAAGACUUUAGUUUCUCGUUUCAUAAGAAGAGAGGACUUCAGCUCCAGCAGCAGCAGACGCGAUAAGAAAACCCCACUAUGUGAGUGAGACCGAGAGCAAAGCGAACAAAGCACUAGGGUCCAGCUGAAUCCUGCCUCCUCGGUCUGAAUUAGAGAAAGGAGGUCAGUGUGAUGCACAGCAUGCUGCCUCAGAGGAGUGCUGUCACCACUCUGGGCUACAGCUCAGACUGUGUGAAGAUGGAGCACAGCAGCAGUGGCUCGGUGGGGGGGACGUUGCUGAGGGGCUCUCGCUCAAAAGCAGAGCUGCAGGAUCUGAUGGAGACGCUGCAGCGCAGGAAGAGUGCUCUGGAGGCCAGCCUGAGGGCAGCUGAGUGCAGCCGCAAGUACCUCAGCGUGCCUUCGCCUGUGGGGUCCCAGGCCUCCAGGCCGCUGUCCAUCCUCAGCAACACCGACAGGCCCCCCCCUGCCUCCAGAACUUUCUCCUACAUGACCAGCAGCAGCGUGCCUCCAUCGCCUCGCCAAGGUGAACGCCAGCUGAGCUCCAACGGCUUGCUCCGACAUUCCCACUCCCGCCACCAGUCUCAAGACAGCCUGUUCCUCUCCAACGCAGCCGAUGGAAACUCUCUGCUCUCCUCCUACGGGCAGCCCCCACCUCGAUCUCCCAGGAUCAAAAGUGGAGCAGCCAGCGUGCCGUCCAGCCCUCGCAUGGGUCGCAGGAUUUACUCUCAGGGCAAAGCUGGAGGAGACUCCCGGCAGAGGAAGUACUCCACUGGCUCCCUCACCAGCCUGGGGACUCACAGCAGAUCUCUUCCACGGCUACACAACGCACCUGACCCCCCUGCGCUGUCGCUGCCAUCGCGACACUCCUCGGGGGCCCACAGAGGGUCAGCGGGGCAGCGGCGCAGCCUCUCCUCCCUGGAGCAGCCGCCAGACGUGACCGUGCCAGCCAGCAUGCCCAGCACCUCCAGGAGAGCCAGCCUGGCCUCCUUGAGCUCUUUGGGUGUAGAUCUGGACGGGACGGGCUUAGAUCUGGGGUUUGGGGAGAGGAGGUUGUCUUUUGGGAAGGGGGGACUGAGUCCUGGACAAAGGGUGGGCAGCAUCAGCUCUCUGAAUGGCAAAGAGGAGCUGAGAGACUAUCACCUGCAUCAGAGAGAUGAACGACUCCGGGAACAGAAAGUUCAGAGAUUGGAGUGCCAGCGUCUAGAGACCAUCUUAAACCUGUGCACCGGGUUCGGCCAUGUGGAGAGAGAGCCGGCGGGAUCAGCUGUUUCUGACUUGCAGAAGAUCAAUAAGGAGUUGGAGAAGCUGCAGGUGUCCGACGAUGAGUCUGUGUUUUCCGACUCUCCCAGCAGCCCGGCUCCAGAGAGCGGCUUCGGAGCCAAAGCCAGAGACUUCCAGCUGUCCGAGGAGCAGCCGGUCAGCCAGCGUCAGCAGAGCGUCUACAGAGAUGCCCGGGCCCACUCUCCUGCCGUCAGCCUGCACAGCAGCGCCCCCUCACCUUCCACCCACCAUAGAGCCAAGGCCCUGGAGAGCGUGCAGCUGAAACAGGAAGUAACGCAAAUAGAGGAAGAGAGGAUCCAAGUCCUGAACAACAUAGAAGAGCUGGAGCAGAAGACCAAAGACCUGGAGAACCAGAUGGAGGAGUCUGUCCGAGAGAUGGAGGUGGAGUGUGCUCUGCUGGAGGGGGAACAAGAGUCUGAGAUGACCCAGCUGCAGAGGGAUAAAGAGGUCCUGGACACACUUCUUAAAAAGAAGAUUUCUUGUACUGAGAACACUAACCACAAGGAGAAAUCACAGGGUUCUGCAGAGCAGAUUAAAAGUUUGGAGGAUUUGGAGUUUCAGAAGCUGGAGAGAGAAAUUAAUCAGGGCGAGGAAAAAGAAAGUCAGAGCCAGGAUCUGCUGCGCGAGAUCGCCGAGCAUCAGCGUCUGACUGUAACACGCAAGGAAAGAAUCAUGAUACUGAAGAAACAGUCCUCACAGAUUACCUUGCAGGCUCAGCAAGAAAGAGAACACUUCCAGAGAGAGAAAAACAAUUUGAUCAUCAUGCUUCAAAAGGAGAGAGAGAAACUGGCAUCUUUGGAAGGAAAGUAUGCAGAGCUGUCGGAGGGGCAGGGUUUCACUAACAACUCCAUCAAAGAGCACUCCUUGAAGGAAAGAAGAAGAAGUAACAAAGAAAACUCUUCCCACCCGAGUGACAGCCUACCUCAUAAGAGGAGCCAGCAGCUCCUCACCGCUUACGGCAGAUCCCUCGGACGCACGCUUCCUCCUAAGGCCCACUUGCCUCUCUCCCAAAGCUCCAGCUGUGGCAGCGUCGUCCCACCGGGCUUCAGCUUCUCCCCCCGGGACCUGAGCACUCGCCGCCCGCCCAAGACAGACAACAGCCAUGCACACAUGAAUGAAGAGCGGCAGAGAAGAAGUGAUUACUGCAGCAGGCUGAUCUCAGAGCCCGGCGUGUUCUUGGACUCCUUCUCCUACCAGGACACCAGCCUGACCUCAGACACCGUCAGUGUGGACAGCUCCGACAGCAUGGAGACCAGCUUCUCCGCCUGCUCCCCCGACAACAUGUCCAGUGCCAGUAUGUCCAACAUGGCAAAGCUUGAGGAGAUGGAGCGUUUACUCCGAGAGGCCCAGGCUGAGAAGCACAGGCUCCUUGAGCAUCGGGAGCGUGAGAUGGAGAUGCGCAGGCAUGCUCUGGAGGAAGAGCGAAGAAGAAGAGAGGAACUGGAGAAACGUUUGCAGGAGGAGACGAGCAGGAGGCAGAAACUGGUCGAGAGAGAGGUGAAGCUCAGGGAGAAACAAAGAUCACAGUCUCGGCUGUUGACCCGCUACCUCCCUAUGAGGAAAGACGACUUUGAUCUUCACGGUCACAUUGAGGCAGCUGGACACAACCCAGACGCCUGCUUCCAUCUGGCCAUCACUGAUAAAACCUGCCGAGGCUUCCUGGUUAAAAUGGGCGGCAAGAUCAAGACCUGGAAGAAACGCUGGUUUGUUUUAGACCAGAAUCGCAGGACUCUCACAUACUAUUCAGACAAACAUGAGACCAAGAUAAAAGGAGUCAUUUACUUUCAAGCCAUAGAGGAGGUGUACUACGACCAUUUGAAGAACGCACACAAAAGCCCCAACCCUUCGCUGACGUUCUGUCUGAAGACCCAUGAUCGGGUGUACUAUAUGGUGGCCCCGUCACCUGAGGCCAUGCGUAUCUGGAUGGAUGUCAUGGUUACGGGUGCUGAAGGACACAUGCAUUUCAUGGUGUAACAGAUCACAACAAAUGUUCACGGCACUACAUUUCCUCUGUAAACAGUGUGUCAGCAUACUGGCAAAAGCGAGUGAGAUUGAUGUUCAUCAGGUCAAAAAAACCACAACUUCUGUUUACACUUGUAUUAAUUGUAACCUACAGCGUAUGCUUUAUAAUUGAUAUACAGGUUUCAUAAUUAAGCUAUUUAGACAUUUUUGUUGUUGUUUGAUGUAGCAUGAGGCCAAAGCAUCACUAAAUCUUGCACCAUUUUACUAAUAACAUUUUCCAACUUUAUCAUUCCUCAAAAUCUCUGCUUGUCUCAUGCUCUCUUUGUUAUUUUUGCCCUUUUUCAGUCCAAACUUGAUCAGGGAAGCAUCUAAACACAACUUCUUCUCCACUUCCUAACUGCGGUACAUACUAAUGCUGUUGUCUAUAACAGAUGCUUGUCUGCGAAACAGCUUCCAAUAAUCUAGUAUUUCCCAAACUAAGUGUCUAGCAUGUUAAAAGCAGAGUUUAAAUUGUACCUUUUUGUUUCUUUGCCUUCUUUUUCUUCAUUCCUUUCUCCUUCUGGUUGGACGCCAGGCUCUUCACAACCUUUUCUAUCUGUAUCAGUGUUUGCAAAAAUGCACAUUUUUAUUUCAACUCAGAUUUAAUAUUACUAUAUUGUUCACAAUAUUCAAUGUAAUUAGUGCGAGUAUUAUUUCAUAUUUCUAACUCAAGCAUGGUAUUGCUGCUGCCAGACGCCAAGCAUAAGAUGGUCUUGACUGCUUAUUUAAAGUAGGGCUGAAUGUCCACCAUCAGUAUUCCUUUGAAACAUUUCCAUGUCUCUUUGCUUCACUUUCUUUCCAAUGAGUCCUAAUUUGGUUUUACGACUCAUAUUUGCAUACUAAUGAAUGAGUGAAAAUUACAGGCACUUUUGUAAUUAAUUAUUAGUAAAUGUUGGCAAAUAGUCUACUUAUAACAGUAGAUAUCUGCAUAGAUCACAUUGGUUCUGUGUUCAUGCCUAUCAUGGUGCAUCUAGCUCCCUCUAUCUAUAGUCGAGGCUGCAGGCCUGAUAUGAUGAAGCCAUGUUGUUCAGCAGGGAUGCUGUUUGUACUGCGUCACCCAUGUUAUUCUCAAGAAUAUAAUUCAGUAUUUUCACCAGCAGAGGUCCUCAGUGCAUUUAUUAUUGCACUUAAAUGACGUAAUGCCCUGGCUGGCAGGGCCAUACUUCAUAAUCAUCCAUAUUCCUGAAUGCUUAUCAAAUAUGUGCGUCUAUAAGCACAUGCAUAUCCAGCUUAAUAUUUGCUUUUUGUAAGCGAAUUAGAAAUCAUCAUGUUCAGGAUCUUGGACACACAUUAAUGUUUUAAUAAUUAUUUCAAAAAUGUUGUUUUGAGUGUUUUAUAAAAAGCCAUAUGUUUGA